UUACACAGCUUCUUAGCCUCUAGGAUUGGGAAGUUAACUACUGAUCAUGGCUAGCAGAACAAUUGCUCUCCAAGUUUUCACCCUUUUAUCCAUCCUAUCAUCUGUUGCAAAUUCAAUUGAUUUCAAUUACCCAUCUGUGUUCAAUUUUGGUGAUUCAAACUCUGACACAGGUGACCUUGCUGCUGGUCUAGGCUUCCUCCUUGAUCCUCCUAAUGGACAAAUUUACUUCAAAACUCCCACAGGAAGGUUCUGUGAUGGCCGUCUCAUUGUUGAUUUUCUAAUAUCAAACAAUCACAUAACAAUGGAAACCAAAAACCUUUUCCUCUAUGUUCUCGCGUUAAUCUCCAUCUUCUUGCCACUGGCACAAUCUGUGCACUUCAAGUUUCCUGCUGUUUUCAACUUUGGGGAUUCAAAUUCUGACACUGGAAACCUUGUUGGGGCUGGCAUUGAAAGCAUUCGACCACCUUAUGGGGAAAUUCACUUUCAAAUACCAUCUGGGAGAUACUGUGAUGGCCGUCUCAUUAUUGAUUUCCUCAUGGAUGCAAUGGAGCUGCCCUUCCUAAAUGCAUAUUUGGACUCAGUUGGGGUACCGAAUUUUCGGAAAGGAUGCAACUUUGCAGCUGCAGGAUCAACUAUACUUCCAGCAACUGCAACAUCUGUGAGCCCAUUUUCCUUCGGAGUUCAAGUGAAUCAGUUUCUACGAUUCAAAGCUCGAGUUCUCGAAUUGGUGGCCAAAGGUAAGAGAUUUGAUAGAUACGUACCAGCAGAAGACUAUUUUCAGAAGGGUCUAUACAUGUUUGAUAUAGGCCAGAAUGAUCUUGCCGGUGCAUUUUACUCAAAAACACUUGAUCAAAUUGUUGCUUCAAUCCCAAACAUUUUGGUCGAAUUCGAAACCGGGAUCAAGAAACUAUAUGACCAAGGAGGUAGGAAUUUUUGGAUCCACAACACGGGUCCUCUUGGUUGCUUGACUCAGAACGUUGCAAAGUUCGGAACUGAUCCAUCAAAGCUUGAUGAGCUAGGAUGUGUAAGUGGGCAUAAUCAAGCAGCUAAGCUUUUAAAUCUUCAGCUUCAUGCUCUCACUAAAAAGCUGCAAGGCCAAUAUGCUGAUUCAAAUAUCACAUAUGUUGAUAUCUACACAAUAAAAUCCAACCUCAUUGCUAAUUAUUCCCGAUACGGGUUUGAGCAACCCAUAAUGGCAUGCUGUGGAUAUGGAGGACCACCACUAAACUAUGACAGCAGGAUUUCUUGUGGGCAAACAAAAGUUUUGAAUGGGACCAGUGUCACAGCCAAAGCAUGCAGUGAUAGUACUGAGUAUGUGAAUUGGGAUGGAAUUCAUUAUUCAGAGGCAGCAAAUCAGUAUAUUUCAUCACAAAUACUCACCGGAAAAUUUUCGGAUCCGCCAUUCUCUGAUAGAAUGCCUUUCCUUCUCAAUCUCAAGUUCUGAGGAGCUAAUUUGCUAGCUGUGCUGUAAUUAUUCUAUUCAUUCGUAUUUCAUUUGUUUACAGCUGAAGAUUAAAUGCAAGCACUAAUAUUAUUAAUAA